AUGAUGCGACCCAAAGAUUUACGGCAGAGCUCCGGCACUAAGACCUUCCUCGAUGCCAUGCACGGUGGCAAAGUUCACCUUGCGCGCUUCAUUUUGGACGCCCUGGACGGACGAAUCGUCAACUCAAAGACAGAAAACAGUCGCACGCCACUAAUUUAUGCCGUGUGUCUCCAAGAAGCCGGGACGAGAGCCAAGUUCGCCCGGCUCCUGCUGGAGAAAGGGGCCGAUGUCAACUGCCAGGAUGAAGAGGGUCGCACGGCUCUGAGUCACGCCUGUGAGUUGGGUAACUUAGACGUGGUCAAGAUUCUCGUGCAGUUCAAUGCCGAUCCAGACAUCUGUGAUGUUUGGGGAAACAGUGCUCUAAUGUACGCUGCCUUUUCUGGGCACAGUCAGGUGCUUGAGUUUCUGGUCCGGGCUUUCAAAAGACUUGGGCUGAGACUGGACAGAAUGAAUAACGCCGGACACACAGCCAUCGAGGUGGCCGACUUCUUUGGACACAACCAGUGUGUGCAGAUUCUAAACUUGCAGUACAGACGGAGUGUGGGCGCUGAUGAUUCGCUUGCUGAUCCAGGAAAUGCCAGUGAUGGAGAGUUUCCCAACAGACUACCUAGGCAUGUCCUGGAAAGGUUUUCCAAACAGAUGAACAGCAAAGAAGAGCAACUACCAGGGGUAUUUCAGAAGCAGAUGAAUAUCCAGGAAGGCAACAGACCGUGGAACCGCUUCACUUGUCCCAGAAAGCAGAGCCAUGAACAGAACCAUCGCCACAAGAGGUCUCUGCCAACUCAGAAAGGCCAAACUGAGGGGCAUCAAAAUAUUUUCUUCACGACCAAACAACUCCAAAACUGUCAACUUCAUGAUCCAAGAGGGACGAGGACACUCGACUCGCCAAUUGACACAACCGCAAAAGAAGUCAAAGAAGAAACUGGACCCCAAGAGAAAGCAUCACAAACGUUUCGUCCGUGUGGGAAAGCAAAGUCAUUCAACCAGGAGCUUUUGAGCAUCAGAAAGCAAUCUUACCAAGGAGAUGAGCACGAUUUGAGCCUGUCAGCCAGCAAAUUCAAGAGAGCCUCUCUGCAGGAUGACCGAUGUCUCCUGGACAAGAUGGAAUGUCAAGGGAACCCUCGGGUCCUGACAAAUGAUGUUGAGAAAACAGUCUCAGUUCCAAAAGGUCCUUUAGGCAUCAAGACUCAGUUGGUGAAAGGCCCUGAGGAGAAGUCAAAGACACACGAACUGCAGAAGAGGGCAAGUUUUGCACACAGUGGCAGACACAACAAAAUGCUGUUCGGCCAAGGGGAGACAGAGGCGGGGAAGAUGCCCGGUCGCGGCCCGGGCUUCAUGGGCUUUGGAACGAGACUGCUCCGUCGAUUCACCGCACCUGAGUUUAUGAGGAUGGUCAUAGACUGUUCCUCAGGCUCCUCAAACGGCAGAGGACGGAUGUCACGCUCCGAGACCUUCCCUUUCUCCCACACACACCGGCAGGUCAACAGUCAGCCGAGCGUGGAUAGCAUCAGUGGGGUUAAAUGUGAGUUUGAAAGCUGCUCGUCUCAGUCGGCCCUCGAUUAG